AUGUGGCUCUGUGAUCUGCUUCUGGGGCUUGACCUCAAGGGAAUACUGCUUUUUAUUUUUUCCACUCUCCUGCUUGUUUACUUUCUUAAAAAGCGGAAUCCACCCAACUUUCCUCCAGGACCACUGGCUCUUCCACUUUUAGGAAAUGUGUUCAGCAUCGAUAUUAAACAACCUCACAUUUACCUAACCAAGCUAGCUGAUGCCUAUGGGAAUGUGUUUUGCAUGCGCCUGGGAAGAGACACAACAGUGUUUGUGUCUGGCUACAAGAUGGUGAAGGAGGCUUUAGUGACGCAGGCAGAGAACUUCAUGGAUCGGCCUGACAAUCCGAUGGUUUCCAGGCUUUAUUCAGGGAACUCAGCGGGGCUUUUCUUCAGUAAUGGGCAGGUAUGGCGGAGACAGCGGCGUUUUGCCAUGACUGCUUUACGUACCUUUGGUGUGGUGAAGAACUCCUUGGAGCAGAGCAUCUGUGAGGAGAGCCGUCAUCUCCAGGAGGGGAUGGAGAAACAGAAAAGUGAACCAUUUGACCCAGUGCACCUCUUCAACAAUGCUGUGUCCAACAUCAUCUGUCAGAUAGUGUUUGGGAGGCGGUUCGACUAUAGUGACCACAAUUUCCAGACCAUGCUUAAGAAUCUGACUGACAUGGUCCAUCUGGAAGGUUCCAUAUGGGCUCAGCUGUACAAUGCAUUCCCCAGACUGAUGAAGAGCCUGCCAGGGCCUCACAAUGCCAUUUUUAGCCUCUGUAAAUCACUGGAGGCCUUCAUCAGAGGAGAGAUAGAGAGACACAAGGUGGACUUGGACCCCAACAACCCACGAGAUUACAUUGACACCUUCCUCAUGGAGGAGAAACUCGAAGGGAACCGUGCGGUGGGGUUUUAUGACGGUAACCUGGUUCUGUGCUGUCUGGAUCUGUUCCUGGCUGGCACUGAAACCACAUCCAAGACACUGCAGUGGGGCCUCAUCUAUCUCAUCAAGUACCCACACAUCCAGGAAAAAGUCCAGGCAGAGAUCGACAGAGUGAUUGGACAGACCCGCCAGCCCACUAUGGCCGACAGAUCCAACAUGCCCUACACUGACGCUGUCAUCCAUGAGAUUCAGAGGAUGGGAAACAUUGUCCCUCUCAACGGACUCAGGAUUGCCACCAGAGACACAACACUGGGAGGUUACUUCAUACCCAAGGGAACCACUCUGAUGGCCAACCUGACCUCUGUGCUGUUUGACAAGACUGAAUGGGAGACUCCAAACACCUUCAACCCCGGACACUUCCUAGAUGCUGAUGGCAAGUUUGUUAGGAGGGGUGCAUUCUUGCCUUUCUCUGCAGGAAAGCGUGCGUGCCUGGGAGAAGGCCUGGCCAGAAUGGAGCUGUUCUUGUUUUUCGUCACAUUGUUGCAGAAGUUGUGUUUCUCCACACUGGACGGAGUAGAGCUGAGGACAGAGGGAAUCAUUGGAACCACACGCACGCCACACCUAUUCAAGAUUUAUGCCAAACCUCGUUGAACAUACUCUCAUUUUUCCUAAAAGGAGAAUAUAGUCAACUUUUGGAGCUAUGUCCACCCCCCCAAAUUUGAGCUAUUUUAACUCCCCUAGGCCAAGUAGUUGUGAUGGUGGCCUAGCUGUGGUUUUACUAUUAAAAACAAAUUACCAGCUUUUAGGCUUCAAAUGUACUUCAUAUCA